GCAAGGUAGCCACCGAAAAAACAGGACCAGGGAGAAAGCAAGAUGGCGUUUGAUGGAGAAGACGUUCCUGUUGUCGUCAUUGAUCUGUGUUCUUAAUCUCCGCGUGUACAUACAAGUCGUGUAAUACAGUAAACAUCACUAAUAACUUUUGUAUCCGAAUACAUUAGCAUGGUCGCAAUUUGACGAUUCUCGGGCUAGCUUAGAUUGCUACCUGCUAACAAAGAGACGCAGAAGGUGUCAACACAUCGCUAAGCAGAGAUCAAGUGUGAGUGUAAAGCGUUGGAAUUGUGUGAAAAUGUGCGAAAGAACGAUAGCAGAGUACGAGGAAGAACUUUCGCGAACAAAAGAGGAGAACGAGAGGCAACGUAAACUACUGGGCGCUGUUUUCAAGAAGCAUCCAGCUGUGUUACACAGAGCAGAUGUCAGUGAAGAAGAUCUUUCCCCUGAGCAGCAGGAGUGGCUCUCCCAGGAGGAGCCAAUGCCCCCGCACUUUAAAGAGCAGGAAGAGGAGCCCCAGCCCUCCUACUUUAAAGAGGAAGACAAGGAACGAAGCAUCAGCCAUGAGGGAGAGGAUCUGGAAGGACAGGAGGAGUUUCCGGGGAUUCGUGUCAUUGUGAAGAGUGAAGAUGAAGAAGAAACAGUUGAUGGAGACCACUGUGGAGGAUCACAAGCAGACAACCGCUUAGCUCCACUAUCAGACAGUGACGACACCACGUCACACUCUGCUGACACUGAUGAUGAAGACUCUAAUGCUGGUAUGACAUGUCACACUGACAACACACACUGGAAAUGCUCUCAGUGUGACAAAACCUUUACAGCCAAGGCAUUUUUGAUAAGACACAUGAGAAGUCACACUGGAGAAAAACCUUUUGCUUGCUCAGUCUGUAGCAAAAGAUUUUCCCGACAGGAUUACCUGAAAAGACACAUAAGAACGCACACUGGAGAAAAACCAUAUUCCUGCUCAAUCUGCAGCAAAGGUUUUCAUGAAAGUUCGGCAUUGAUUAAACACACAAGAAUACACACGGGUGAGAAACCUUUCAUAUGCUCAGUUUGCGGGAAAAGUUUAACCUUCAAGACGCAAUUAACAAGUCACAUGAAAACACAUACCGGACAGAAACCUUUUCCCUGCUCCAUCUGUAGCAAAGCUUUCCGUCAGAGAUCGGCGUUGGUGCGACACAUGAGAAGACAUACGGGGGAGAAACCUUUUAGUUGCUUGGUGUGUGGUCAAAGAUUUUCUCAAAGGCAAAGUUUGAAAACGCACAUUCGAGGACACGCUGGCGAGAAACCAUUUCCCUGCUCAGUCUGUGGGAAACGAUUUACUCGAAAUACAAAUUUGAUGGCGCACACAAGAAGACACACUGGUGAGAAAGUGCUGAGUUGCAGUGUGUGUGAUGAAAGAUUCUCUUAUAAGUACCAGGUUAACAAUCACAAGUGUGCUGGUGAGAACAGCAGCACUAAGUGAAGCUGCGGGACUUGAAAUACUUUGAUAACUUUGACUUUUUAAUAUCACCACAUAUAACGUGUGACCUCAUUGCUGGGUGUGUAACACAAUAUUGUUAAUAUGCUUCGACCAUUUCAAUGCAAUAAAAUAACUAACAGUACUAACUUAACUAAGACUUAAUAGUGAUUACCUUAUAAGAAAGGUGGUGGGGGCGGGUCAGUGACCCAGUAGUUAAGACGGCAUUGUGUGCAUGUAUAUUACAUAAAUAUGUGGCAGUUCAGCGAGCAUCUGAAGCAUUAAUUCUACAUCUUUAUUUAGCUUUUUCUUUGACUUUUUUGUGAUGUCACCACAGAAGCUUAACGGCGAUGGCAAAGAGCAAAAGCGUGACGAUAAACAUAGAAACCAAGAAUGGAACUUACUGCGACAUGAGAGGAUCUGUCUGCUGUCCGUCUCAAGGUCUUGGGAGCAUGCAGGUGGUCUCCUCAGAUAGGCUAUUAGCGUGGACUCUCAUUGCCUUCAUCCGCACAUCCACCUCGCUUCAGCAGGGUGCCACACCCGGGCCAAGUAACCGCUGGGGUCGUUAACGGCAGCGCUCCGAAGUGUAUACAAGAAUAGAUAGAUAGUAGAUAGAAGUCAUGUGAAGUCAUGUGAAGACAGGCCGAAAAAGCCGCAUACGUGUGCCGUUCUCACAUAUGGAAAUCACUCAAAUGUGAACUUCAGAGAAAGUUUUUAUACAGUCCAACACAAAGGGGAAAAAAGUUCAAGAAACAACCAAAAUAACUCAUAGAAAGGUGGCUGCUGAACCUGCCUCUCUCUAUUUGAGUGGAACCGAGCAUGAGCAUGAUUCCGUUUGCAAUGAGCAACAACAAGCAAAAUGUAUUCUAAAACCAAAGUUGAAAUAUUGUUGGAACUCGAAAAUGCAGACACAAUUUCCUCACAACAGAAAACAAUAAAUUGGUCAUUUCCUCAUACCGCUGCAUCUAAACCAGUGGGGUCCAAACUUUUUCCAGCGAGGGCCACAUAUCGAAAAUGAAAGGUGAUAUUUGAAGAAAAAAAUCAAGAAAAAAGUGCAUCUCAGCUUUGUCAUAUAAGUGAAAAAGCCUAUUAUUAUCACUCUUUGCUCUUUUUGUCCCAGUUUUGCUGUUGUUUAAAAAAAAAACAAUCUCUUACUCAAUGUUCUUCUCAUAUUGUGACUUUAUUUUCAUAUUUUGAUUUAAUUCCCAUCAUAAUGUAACGUAAUUUUCCAAAAAUGUUAAUUUUAUUUUGUUUUGUUUGUUUCUCAUAUUACGACCUUUAAAAAAAUAAUGUUUUUCUUUAAUAUUUAAACUUUUUGCUACUAAAAUGACAUUAUUUCUCCUCACAUCACAAUCGUUUUGUAAAAUUGCAACUUUUUUUUAUUACAAUAAAUUCUUCUCUUAAUAUUUUGACUUUAUACUUGUAAAAUUACAGCUGUUUUUUAUGGCACAUUUUUCCAGAAUGUGGCGUGGGCCAGAAAGAAAACAACUGCGGGCCGCAAAUGGCGCCUGACCUGCACUUUGCAACCUUGAUCUUAACACUGCAACUGUUUAAGUGCCCAAAUAUUCUAUUAACACCAUAGCUAUACCGCCAAGGUUACAAAGCCUGCUGUUGCAUGAAAAUAAGAUUGAAAAGUAACAUAAAAGAAGGUGGGAAGGAAAGACUGCACACACACUAACAAAUAUUUCUAGAAAUAAACAAGUGGUCUGUGACAGCAAUCAUCAGUGGUACUAACUGACUCAUUAUUAUAUCAAACAUUUUAUAUACUGGGUCUUUAACGACAUGGGUAUCUAAUUCAUUUAGCUCCGUCUUACACAAGAUUGUUACCCAAUUUUUCUGUCUACUGGAGUCAAAAGUUUUUAAAGUACAUUUUAAAAAUAGGUUACACCGGGUCAUAGUACAGCUAUUUACAAAAAAUUAUAAUAAAGUAGUCUGUUUGUCCCAAACAAGGACACCGCAUUACGACACACUGAAUAAAGUGGUAGACUCGUACUCUGCUUAGGCUAUGUACUAUAUACAUAUAUAUAGGCUAUAUACUUCCUCGUCUUUGUUAGCAGCUAGCAAGAUAAGCUAGCCUGAGAAGCUUCAAAGUUAACUGAGACGACUUUGUCUUAACAGCGCUUAACCAUCAGCAUGACAAAUAUGUAGAGAAACGAGAAGCAAUGCGUCAAUCUAGUCGUUUAUUUAGGUUUUUCAAUCAUUUCGUUCCCAAAUUGUAGUCCGAAAUGGCAUCAGCGCAUGCGCACUCUGUGUCGCUAAUUUCCGCGCCUGUUAGCAAACUAAGCUAGUUUGAGACGAAUUUGUCCUGCACAAAGAAGGAUGUCUUUAAUAUUAUUAUUUUACAUGGCCGAAAUGUGUACAGAAAAAAGAACUAAGUGUCUGAUCAGCCAUGUCGUCUUGCUAAUACUUUAUUUACUUCCGUCGUACAAGUCACAACGCGUACAUUCCAGUAAUACUGCCUCUCUCAGGUGAGAAGGUGUCAUUACGCUCUUGACCUCCACCUUCUGGUAUAGUGUGGUCAAGGGGUUACCAACGUUUUUUCUUGCGAGAGCUACUUUUAGAAAAUGAAAAUGGCCACGAGCUACUCAUUUUUGUAGAAAUGAUUUUCAUACCUUAUUUCAACCCAAACAAAUCAAAUAUGCUUGUUUUACUAAAACAUUCACAAAAUGCUGGUAUCCACAACUCACAUUUUAUGUUUCAGAAUACAUUUCUUUCUAGUGUUCUCACAUUAUUAAAAAACCUGAAUGAAAAGCAGGCCUGCGGGCGCCUCAUGUGGUCGUGGGGGGCUACCUGGUGCCCGCGGGCACUGUGUUGGUGACCCCUGGUGUGGUCACUUUCAGGAAAUGCAAGAUGUCCUCUUUGUUUCAGUGUAAUCACACAUCAUAGUUUUAAUUUGGAAAAUGUCAAUACAAAAAAUAACACUAUACUGUAAUAAUAAAACACACAGAGCACACCAGAAAAAAAGAUUACACUAUACACAAAUUACCAUACUGACGUGUAAUAAGAGCAACUCUCCAACCUGUCGAGGAUGUACCCCACAUCUUACCCCAAAUCAGCUGAGGUAGACUCCAGCUCGCUUGUUUUUAUUCAAAGUGGAUUUUAAUCAAAUAUGAUAAUUAAUAUAAUUGUGUUUGUAUAUUUUUCUUUUAUUGAGGUUCAAAUGUACGAUUCUCUACUCAAGAAGAAAAAUGUGUGUCUGUUGGGCACAUGUGAUAGAUGAUGAUUUAAUUGCAAACAUCUCAUUAUAACAUCAUAUUGCAGCGUUAGAAGUUGUUCUUUUACACAACUUUUAUUUUUUAACAAUACUUUUUUAGUAAUACUGUCUUACUUAUCCAUAGUAUCCUUAUUACGUUCUUUAUAUCCAGCUAGAUGUACCUUUAUAUAUUUACAUGUGGACAUGUUAACCCUUCACCUGGAAGACAAUCUUUCAUCACACACACACUUCCUCACAUCGUCAGCAUCUUUUCUGUCUGUAAAAACUCAUAGGUAUCAAGCGUUAUUAUUAUUAUUGACAAUAAGUUCCCCAGUGUGUUUUGUCAAGUGCUUUUUCAGAUCAAAAUUCCGUGCAAAUCUUAUACCGCACACUGAACAGCUGAAAGGUUUCUCCCCAGUGUGGAUUCUUAUGUGUGCUGUCAAGUUUGUACUAUAAGUGAAUCGCUGACCACACAUUGAACAGGAAAAGGGUUUUUCUCCAGUGUGCGUUCUCAUGUGCGCUAUCAAAGUUAUCUUCUGAGAGAAACUUUUACCACAAACUGAGCAAGAAAACGGUUUCUCUCCAGUGUGUGUUCUAAUGUGUGUUUCAAAAUGUCCCUUGUGAUAGAAUCUUUUACCGCAGAAGGAGCACAUGAAUCGUUUCUCUGCUGUGUGGAUCCUAAUGUGUCUUUUCAGAUUUCUCUUCUUGCCAAAAGUUUUGUCACAAAGAGAACAUUUCCAGUGUGUGGCGUCAGUGUGACUUGUCUUAUCGGCUUUAGAGUCUUCAUCAUCAGU